AUGUCAAGUAACCCGUUUCGCUUCGAAGGUGCUAAUGGAGAGACAUAUGGGCGACCUGGACAAUUCAAUGCCACGCUCUACACGAAAAACCCUACCCGAGAAUGGGUCGAUAUUGACAAGCACGAUGACCUGUGGGACGAACUAGACUGGCAUUAG